CUGGUUUCGGAGGGCGAGGCUCAGGGAAGGUCGACGCUUACUUCGACGCGCUGGAGAGCGGUGACCAGGACUGAGACCUGUGCAUCAACUGGGACAACACCUGGAAGGCACUGCCACAAGAUGGACAGUGAGGGUAGCAACCCGGGCAAGCCGACGUCCAAGAACCCCCAAGAGUCACGGCGCCUGAGCAUCCAACGCUGCGUCCAGUCAGUGAUGCACGCCUGUGAGUGCCGCAGUGCCAGCUGCUCACUGCCGUCCUGCCAGAAGAUGAAGCGGGUGGUGCAGCACAUCAAGGGCUGUAAGCGGAAGACCAACGGCGGCUGCCCCGUCUGCAAGCAAUUCAUCGCCCUCUGCUGCUACCACGCCAAACACUGCCAAGAGAACAAGUGCUCUGUGCCCUUCUGCCUCAACAUCAAACACAAGCUCCGCCAGCAGCAGAUCCAGCACCACCUGCAGCAGGCCUGGCUUAUGCGCCAAAAAGCACCCCAGCACACCCCAGAUACCACAGCCCACCUCCCAGACACCACUCUUACCCCCUAAUUAUCCAUGUAGCUCCACAGCAGCAGCAGUGGAGCCGCUCAGCACAAGGCUUAACAGCAGAAGCAUCACUUCUACCGCAUCUGUACCAAUAGUGGCCCGUUUCUGGGAUGCAUAGGCAUGAUGACCACAUUGAGCCAGACAGUCCCUGUGGUUAAGCUGACUCCCUAGCAGAGCAAUGGACCCAUCAUGCCCAACAUGUAGCAGCUGCCCAGUGUGCCCAGCUGUGCCCGAGCAUCUUGUCCAGUGCCCAGCGCUACCUGCUGUAGACCCUAAAGUCACCAAGCACCCCACAACAGCAGCAGCUGUUCAGCAGCUCGUACUGAACAUCCUCAAGCCAAACCUGCAGCUCGUGGCCACCUUCAUCAAGCAACACAUCCCAGCCUGCAGCCCAGCACGCACUCACAGCCAGGCCUGCAGAACCUGAGUGCCCGCCAGCUGGAGGCCUGAACCCCCAGGGCCAGGCACUGAACAUCAUGAACAUGGGCACUACCCUGAUGGCAAGCAUGAGUCCAUAGUAGAGAGAGAGGCUGAGGAGGCAGCUGCUACCGCAGUAGCAGCAAGGUAGCUCCGGCAUGCCUGGACACAGCCAGUUCCAACAACCUCAGCUACCCCCUGGCCAUACCAUCGCAGCAAAUGCCACAACAUCUCCCCAUGCAGGGAAGCUCCACGGACCAAAUGGUGGUCCAGAUUGGCCAACUGGGGCAGCUUGGGCUGGGUGCAGACAGCACACCCAACAUCCAGCAGUUCCCUGGCCAGCCAAGCUCCAUGAGACCGCAGCAGCUCAUGCUUUCAGGACAGCCACAUGCCUCUCACCUCCCCAGCCAGCAGGUGGCCACACCCGCUGGCAACAGAUAUGCUUUCAAACCCUGUGCCCCAGUCACCACAUUUCAGUCCCUAGCUUCGCUUCGCCAGAGAUCCUCUACAGCAGAAUGAUUUAUGUAACUCAUGCAACAAUGACAGUAAAAUUCAAGAAGAUUCGAUCACUGUAUAGAAUGGUAAUGUCCCAGCUCAUUUCUUAGAUUAUUAAACUGUGUGCAACACACAAAA